UGUCAGCAGAGAGAUCCCGAUCAGCCCAUCUGCAGGAUAACUUAGCCGAAAGGCUAGUCUGUUUGUUAAACUUCACUUCCCUGCAGAUUUUUGUGUGGAUUCGUUCAUUUUUUUUUAUCCUGUUAAAAUGAGCAUCCCCGUGGUGGACUUCGGAGCGUACAACAUCAACCAGAAAGAUGUUUCUGAUGAGCUUCUGCACGGUUUGAGCAAGGAGCUGAAAGCAGCUUUUACAGAAGUUGGGUUUGUUUUUCUCACCAACGCUGGGAUCACUCAAGAGGAGGUGGCCCAAGUACAAGACAUCGCCAUGAAAUUCUUCCUGCAGCCAGAGGAAAUGAAACAACCCUUCAAACAAAAGAGCUUUGAAAUCAGUCAGUACCACGGCUGGGUUUCUAUGGAUAGUGAAAGGUUGCAUCCGGACCGACCAGAAGACUUAAAGGAGGCAUACAACGUCUCGACACUUCAUCCUGACAUAAAAUGGCCAUCAGGUGCUGUGGAGUCGUUUCAGGAGAUCCAUACAUCUUUUUUCCUGCGCUGUAAAGAGCUGGGUCUGCGGGUGCUGAGGGUGAUCGCUCACAGUCUGGAUCUGGAUCCAGAAGUAUUCCUCAGCGCUCACCAUCUCGUAGGAAUGCGUGGAAACAACACCACCCUGCGCUCUCUAUACUACCCUCCAGUGAACAGUGUAAAGGUCAAGGAGAAUCAGCUGCGAUGUGGAGAGCAUUCAGACUUUGGCAGCAUCACCCUGCUGUUUCAGGGCUCUGAAGGACUGCAGGUUCUGAGUCGAUCAGGUGAAUUCAUCAAUGUUCCCUGUAUCCCCGGAGCCGUGCUCAUCAACAUUGCUGAUAUGAUGCAGCGCUGGACGAGUGAUCAGUAUAUCUCUGUGCUCCACAGAGUGUUGCUGCCCCCUGCUGGAGACUCCAGUACUCGUCAGUCUACUGCUUUCUUCCUCUAUCCAGAUGACGAGGCUGUGAUCACCUGCUACGACGGCUCCAACAAAUACCCACCUGUCACAGGAGCUGCCUAUGCUAUCGAAAAAUUCCACCAAAUUAAUGUAGCGACUGUGUAUUAAUGGACUGUGCCUUUAUCUCUCUUCUUUUUGUGCAAAAGUGAAGUCAAAAUACUCCCACACUGGGUGCUGAUAUAUUACCUUGGCAAAAUAACUUUGGACUGAGACAUGCUCAGACGGAAGCUGGUUGUUGGUAGCAUACAUCAAGCUCACCAGUAAAGUGACAAAAAUCCCUCCUCCCUGCUAAUCCAGCUGAGGAGACUGUGAGGAGCUUUGUUUUUGGCUUUGCUUCGAGGCAGCUGUUGCUCAGUCCAUUUUAAUAUACAGACUUUGGCUUAUGCACAUUGUUAAUUUUUGCACACACAUACACAUUUUUGCACCGUUAAUGUUCUGCUCUUAGUCAGUAAAGGUCUUGAGGUACCAAGUUGACCAAAAACCCUUCGAUAAAGUUUUUAAAAUGUUUCUAUUAUUAAAGUAACUCUUAAAAAUUCAGUGUAUGGUUAGCUGGAUCCCACAAUGUCCUCACCUUUGUAAGUCAAUGUCUAAAAGAGAUUGGGUUCCAAGAGAACCAAUGAGAAAAUGUUUGUACAUUCUCAUACCUCACUGUGAGGCAGCAAUAUACAGUAUGCAACCUAGAACAAAGGCCAGCUUCUCACUAGUUCCUUUGUACUGAUAAUAAACCUAAGACUUUCCAUGCACUGCAUUGAUUACAUUCCAACUAGUAACUCAAGAAGUGUGCUUUAAGAUUAAAUGCAAAGCAAUC